UUUUGCCACUCAAUACCCCACAACCCCCCGCGCUUGUUUCAGUAACCCCCUCACUAUCACACAAGCAUCCCGUUUUAUUCAUUACAGCAUACGAAAGGCAAUAUGGCACAAGGGAAGCAAAAAUUUAAAUCUCAAAGACCCGGAGCGAAGAAGAAUCCCACCCAAGCCAAGACUAAAGGACCCAAAAAAGGAGGUAGACUGAUCACCCCUAAAAAGGCCCAAGUUGUCCAGCAACAGAAGCUAAAGAAGAACUUGGAAGUUGCUAUCCGUAACAGGAUUGAGUCAGAAGUGACGAUGAGAGCCAGUUCCAGUCUCCACAAGAAACUGGCUGUCGUGAAGACUACUGAAAGCGCAGAUAAAGGAAAGAAGAAAAAGAAGUAGAGCAUGUGGGCACAGGACGGCUGGCAUCCUGCCCUGAGUCCUCCUCUUAAAAGGACUUUCUGGUAAACCUCCACUGUAGGCGGCGAUGUCCUCGUGUCACAUUUCUCUGAAGCUUCUCUUUCCUGAAAUAAGACUCUUUGAUGCUUUGAAAUGUCCUGAAGAAAGGAACAAGUUGCUAAUCUUACCUGCUAAUAUUAAGCAGCAAUUGGGUUUCUUUGACGUUUAAUGUUGAAAUGAGCUUGUUGGCAUUCAAUUAUAUUUUAAAUAUCUUCCACCCUAA